AAUAAAAAGGCUGGCCUGAAUCUUUCAACCUUACUGUACUCUUUCACUCGGUAUGAUUUCUCAAAAAUAAGUUCUCUUGUGAAAAAAGUGUACAGAUGUUUACAGUUCGGAUCUGAUUUUUUAUUCAGUUUACUCCUUUAUCAAACUAAACGUUUUCCUCUUAUUUUUUAUUUCUAGUUGCAAAAACGAUACGAAAUUUUGCUGAUAAAACUGGCAUGUCAACGGAUGAUCUUAAUCAUUUCCAGAAUGUAAUGGUAACGAUACACGAGGGACGUUUAGAAGAAAUUCCUCUAUUUGCACAAGAAGCUGUUACACAAGGUCUAGCAUCACUCGUCGAAAAACUGUAUGAAUCUGGUUUCAUGGAUAUAUAA